CUCCUCGCUCACACCUGCGCCAGAUGUCAACAAACGCCGCAUCUGCUGGAGGCGCCGCCGCCGCCCGCCGCCCCCGCUGCGUCCUCGCUGGGGAAGGAAGGGCGGCUCGUAGGCACAGGACCGAAGGAGAGAUAGGGCAAAGGCAGCGAAUUGGAGUCGGCAGCCCCACUCGGAAAAAAAAAUCGCAUAUUUAGCAGAUGCGGACAUUGUUUCAAAACAAAGCCGCUGAGGACGUCGUCGGCAGCAGGCAGUAUGCAAAUAAAUACUGAUGAAGUUACCUGGAAUAGCCUCUUGUGGAAUCUGCAAUGGAACUCCCACUUCAGAUCCUGCAUGACACACUCAUAAAGAAGAAAACAUCAUGUACUGCACUCCACUGGAUGGGAGAGGAUGCUGGGAAUCUGUAUACAGUAGGAACAAAUCAUGUGGAAAAAAUCCAUCUCCCAUCUGGGAAUUCCUCGAAAGUGUCCAAGCUGAGCAGCAUCUUGAAGGAGGUUGUGGCUAUAAAUAACAACUAUAAUGGGUCAAAUAUAUAUGGGAUAUUGUCCUCUGGAGAUCUCUUUUUCUGGGACCUGCAUGACAGUAGCUUGAAACAUGCAUCAGGAAUUCCCGAGCUUGUCACACACCUUCCCAGUGCAGAUGCAGAGCACCACAGUAAAGGAAAUGAAGGACGUCUGCACGCUAUUUACACAGCUUUCAGACAUUUUCAACAGCAAGGUACAGAAACAAGUAAAGAAGAAAAUGAUGAGGUCCAGUCCCAUUUUAAGCCAAAGAUCUUUGCUUCUAAUGACUGUUCUACUGUUAUUGUUGUUUUGGGAGCAGUGCAGGUUUACAUCUGGGAAAAAGAGGGAAUGUCUAAGACAAGAGAGAAAGAUGUCCUCCUGUGUGGGAAUUGGUCUGUUGUUGCCUGCCCCAGCAGUACCCCAAUGCCCAGUUUGCAGUCACAUGAAACACAGAUUUCGGUUUGCUUUUCGUCUGAGGAGCCUUUCAGAAAAUCAUGUCAUGUCACAUUCAGCUUCCUCGAUGGAGCCACCUUCCUUGCCACAACCCUCACCCUGCAGUGGGGAAGAGCCUCAACACCAAGCACCCCAGCCAAAGUUAGUGUCGCCCUUUGGAACACCUUCUCAGUGGCUCUCAGGAAAAUGGGAAUGGAGGAGGAGAUUUUUCAAAGAGAGGGGCUAUUAGUUUCCAGAUAUGCACACAACCAGAGCUUAAUGUGCACAGCUGUUAAUUCAUCACAAUUUCCAAUUUCAAAGCUGGUGUAUCUCCAUCCUCUUUGUAAUACAUCAUUGGUGGUUCCUGUAGGAAAAGUCAAGGGACAUUUAAAUUCUGCAACAAGAUCACACUGGGUGAGUGACCUUGCCUGGUCAAGAGACAACACAUAUCUUGCUGGCUGCUUAAGGUCAGGCUGCAUCUUCCUGGCAACACGGAUGGGGUCUCUGCUAACAAUCUCCUGCCCAGAGCUCCCAGUGCAGCUCCAUCCCUCGGAGUUUCUGCCAGUGCAUCCUAGCGCCACACCCAGCCAGGAUCAGGAGAGCAGUGGUAGUGUGGAGGCUGAAGAACUUCCCAACUUGCGCUUCCACGUUUCUUUUCACCCCAAAAAAGACCAGCUUCUUUUGUUGUCAUCUGUCCGAGCUUCAGUAAUGGUGCUACCAGAUAAUGGCAAAAGAGAUGCAGAUGUUGUAGAUAAGCUGUUGGUGUCUGCCAAUCAUGCACUUUACAUACUCGGCAAUUCAGCUCUCACGCAUGACUAUGCCUACAUUCACUGCAGCACUUGGAGACUGGCAAGAUCUGUUGCUGACUUAACCCAAAAUGAAUCUGAACUGGCAAAUCCUAGCAAAUAUGAGGUAAAAUUAUUGGAAGCUGAAAAUAUGCUGUUCAGAGAAAAAGAAAUGCAAGAGACAGUGCCUUACACAGAAGGGGAGCAGUUGAUCAGGAGUGUUGUGGAUCCUCUGCUUGCUGCCUGGACCAUCACACUGACUCACAGAAAGCCUCAGUUGCAAGAAUGGCAAGAAAGAGCAAGGAAUGUUGCUGGCCUCGUGGUUAAACUAGUCAGGAAUCUGAUGCAAGCUUCAGCCAAUGAUGAUCAGAGCGAACACCAGGCUCAGAUCCUUCAGAUGUUGCAGUUAUUUCAUGGCUUUAUCAGAGUGCUUGAACUGUGGCCCAGCUCUCUCCACAUGCUGAAACCAUCCUUGUGGUUGACACACCACCUCUUGCAUACAUUACUCAGGUGUGAAAAGCAUGCUGGGGAAGGCAGCAUGGUAGACACUCUUCUCAUACUGUCACAAACCCUUUUGUCUGUUGAGGACACACUCUCUCAGGCAUAUACAUUUAAACCCAUUAUAGCUAAUACCAAAGACUCUCUUUAUGGUGUUUUAGAGCCAGCAGCUGAUGUCGAAGUGACAAACAUGAAAGCUGUCACAGCCUGUAAUGAUGACAAGAGGUCAGGUAAAGGUUCCUCACUGGCCAUAUUUCGAAUGAGAAACCUUUGGCUUUGUAUGCACAUGAGUGCAAGGAAAUUGUAUCUUAGAAUACAGGAACAAAAGUACAAUGAGAAGAUCUACCGGAAGGCAGUUCUCAUUUUGAGCAUAGUUCAGAGUGGUUUAGCUAAGUACAAUUACAGUUUCCACUCUAAAAAGAGUGGUUAUAGUGGUGGCCAUAAAUUAUACUUGAAUGGGAUAAUCUGCAAUGCUAUUGAAGAAUGGAAGACAGACAUUAUAGCAACAGUUUUUCGGAAAGGAAGUAAGAAGAAUGUGAGUAAAAGACUUCAUUCCAUUCUCUAUGCCUUGUUGUUAAAUCACAGUUUUUCAAGCAUUUCAUCCUUCUUAUUGUGGAUUCUUGGCAUUCUGAAAAGCCAGUGCUUCACAAUAUAUCAGACACAGCCUAGUCAUAAAGCUCACAAAUUAUCAUCUACCCCUAAACCAAAGAAAAAGCAAGAUAAAUAUUUACCAAAGAUGAAUGACCUUGAUAUAUCAGAAAUGGUUACAAAUGACAGUAAAAGAGAAAGCAUGUUGAUGCAGGAGACCCUCACACAAACACAUGAUAGUCAAAAGGAGGAAAAAGAUCUGAAAACUAUGGCUGGCUCAAACUGGAGAAAUGAUAGAGGAAACCAUGUUGAAAAUGCUGGAGACAUGGAUUCAGAAAAUUCACACAUGUAUGAACAGUCAAAAGUCUGUCACAAGAGUCAGAUAGAAUUUAUUUUGGCUGUCCGUAAAUUGAUUGGCAGUUUGGGUAGGGUCAUGAUGGCAGCAGUUCUGCAGCAAGAUGUCAGCAUUCCUUCACCAAUCAGUCCUCAUAUAGUGCGUGCCAGCUGGAUGUGUGUGGAGGAGCCCGUAGGUAAAGGGGCAGGUGAAGUGAUUACAUGGGAAGAAACAAAAAGAGCCAUUCAAGAAUCCCAGUGGUCAUCGCGAACAGCAGCUCAGGCUCUGGCAAUAGCUGGCUAUUGGGCAGAUGUAACAGUGCUUGCUCAGGAACUAGGGGACACAAGGACUGCCCUGGUGGCCAGCCUCAUGGACACAUCUCUUGCCAGAAGAAAAAACAAGGAGGUGAUGUGUUUGCCAGAGCCCCUGCAUCCUGCCUCUCUCAUGAAGUCCUGCAUCCUGACAGCUGGGCCCCAGCAAGAGAUCCAACCAGCUGUGUUCAGCAGUUUUAGUGAACUCUUCCAGUUAGCAGCAAUAACGAAUGUAGAGAUUUUGCCAGAUGUAAUGCAGCACUGUCUGGCUAGGAUUAGGGAAGCAGUGAAUUCUAUGGAUUUCAAAGUCCAGUCAGAUGUGUAUCUUCCAGCCCCUCCUGUGUUCUGUCCUCAGUUCCUGCUGGACGAGGCUCCCGGAGAGCAGCAGCAAGCAAGCUCAGAUGAACAUGCUCUGAGGUGGGGAAUAGCUGGAUGGGUGCAGCUCUUUUCUUCUGUGGUGAGUGCAUCAGGCAUCGCUCAGCCCUUGCUGCGUGAGAUCUGUGCACACGAGCCAAAUGCAGAGAGUGAAGUUCCACCCUAUCAAGAUCUUCUGAGCCUGACAGACAUGUUGGGUCCAGCUGAGUGCUGUGUGGAAGCUGCAGAUGCCUCUGGAUGGCCAAGCCUCUCUCAGUCAUGGCUUGAAUUUCUAAGAUGGCUUUGGAUGCUCCAAGUACGAGACAAGUUGUGGCUCUGCCUGCGCAGCUAUUCUAAAGAGUCCUUUGUGAAGAGCAAGAAAAGGAGUGUUCGUGAAAAGGAAGUAGUAGAAAUUCUUUUUUGGUGUGAGAAGCUGUACAAAUUAAGUGAGUCCAGUUCAUGGAAGGAAGACAUUGUUGCCACAGGUCUGACAGCAGCAGGGAGUGUGUUGCCUUCCCCAUCAGUGGCACAGGCCUUGGCCAGGCUCAUUUUACAUCCUUCUAAAUUACCUUCUUUGUUAAAGGAUAGAGCAAGCAGACUCUUUGACCUCUGGAAGAAGACAGAGAUCAGUGUGGUAGAUUUAACUGAAAAAGGAAGGAAAACAAAGAAGAAGUUAUUUACAGAUGAGAGAACAUCCACUCUCUAUACCCUGUUUGAAAAUGCAUGUUCAGAAGCUCUGUCUAAAAGUGGGGAUUUUGGUGUGCAGGAUUCAGUCAGUCCACAGGAUAAUUUGACAAUCCUCCUUGAGUCCCCAAAUGAUGAGUUCAUGAAAAUGUUGUCCCUCUAUGCCAACAUGACCUUCAGAAAAGAUGCUGAAAAUUUUCCUCAGCACAUCACCCAAAUCCCAAAAUUCCCAGAAUUUGGAGAACUUAUAAAGAAGAGAGAACUCCAAGCUGUGAAUCUUAGGAAAUUCUCAGCUGGGAGAGAAUUUAUUGAAGGAAAUCAGAAUUGCACAGUUUUUAAAGCUCUGGAUGAAGUAACAACAGGGGAUUUUAAGGAGAGAAAGGGAUUCUUUCGAAAUUUAUGUAUGUGGCAGAAAGAUACAGGCUCAAGCCUAAUGCUAAAAGCAAAGACAGACACACAAGACUUGUUUCAGACUUGCACUCCUCUACUAGACCAAAGCAAAGCAACCUGGAGCCGCUAUGAUUCUUUCUCUAGAAAGUCAAUGGGAAGUGCAUCCCCUCAGAAAGUACAUAGGAGAUCUCAUUCAAGGCAGAACAGAUCACAAAGAAGUAGACACAAUUCAUUAUCUUUGCAUAAGAAGAGACAGAAUGUUUCUUCAAUCAAGAGGAGUCAUUCAGUAAGUACUCUUGAAAGAAAAGAUAGAAAUACCAAUAGUUCUGGAUUCUGCCAAGAGUUUUUAACCAAAGAAGUUCCUCUAAAUCUUUUUUUGAUGCUCAAUAAUCACUUGCUCCUUAAUAUUCAGCAUAAGGGAUUUCAUGACACCAUUUGUUUAAUGCAGUGGAUACUGAGCAGGGAAAGGAAGUUCUGUCUUUCAAGUGCAGUUCCAAAGAAUGGAGAAGACUCAGUCUUCAAGAAAGUUGAUCUUAGUCUACAUGACAUCAUACUUGCAUUUUCUUGGGAUUUUAUUUCAGAAAAUAAAUCACUUCCAGUUACAUCCCAAAACUCCAUGACGAAGAAACGUGGGAAAAUGAAAACAAAGAAGUCAGCACUAGUUGGUGAACUGUCUGCUGUUAAAUCAAACAUACUGCCUGCACAAACUUUAGCUGAAAAUUUGCAUGAGGAUCAUGUAGUGAAUUCAGAGAAAAAGGCUGAAAAUAAGAGAAAAAAUUCUAAAGUGCUUCCAACAUCAGCCACAGAGGAAAAUGAAAUAAGCAAAGAAGAAAGAGAUGUGAUAGAUGCAGGAGGUUUAAGUAUAGACAUUGCUGAAAAAGUGGAGGAGGAAACUCAAGGCAUUAAAGUUAACAGAGCAACUGAGGGAGACAAUCUUAGUAAAGAUAACGAGACAGAACUGAUAAUGAAUGAGGCAGAAAUGACUAGAAGGGAGGAAGAGGAGAAGGAUAUACCAGAUGACAAUCAGGAAGUAGCGAGUGUCCAGGAUGAUAACUCUGCAUUGCAUACUAUAGUCAGUCCAUCUUUUGGUGCUACUGCUGAACCAGGGAAAAGUAAAGAUAAUAAACUUGAGAACAGUGAAAGAAUGGAUUCAUCAAAGGAUAUACAUUUAAACAGUGAAGUACAAAAUAACAAAUCAGAUUUAGUUCAUAAAGAAGACCUUAAAGCAGAUAAUUUAACAAAGCCAAAUUUUUCAGUCUCGUGUUUAGCAGACCGUAACUUUGUGGAUGCUUCAACACAAUAUUCAGUCCCUCUUUCUGAUAAUUCAUGGAAACCUUUUAGACCAAAAUCUAGAAUGUCCAAAAAGCCACCAGCUCCUAGAUUAGUAAUUGAGGCUAAAGGACAGGGGGCUCAGAUAAAGCAACAGGAAUCCUCCACUGCAGCUGUACACAAGAAGAAGAGCCUCACACCAGUCGAGACUCCUUCUGAGGUUUUGGAUACCCCUUUUUAUGGUCCCCCAAAGAUUCUGCGAAUGAACACUCAUCAAGACAGUAGAGUGCUAAGCUUAUCUGAUCUUGAUAGUGAUGAUGAUGGGGGUAAUACUUGUCUUUCUAAUUCCAUUGCUCUCCCAAAUGACAAUACUCUGGAUGAUGUCACUCUUCCAGAAUCCCUCCAUGUUUCAGAGUUGGAGGAAGACGGCCAGUAUGUAUCCAGUUGUGAAAAGGAGAAUGAAGUGGAAAAGUUUAGAAGCCAUGUAACAAAAAAUGAAAGCAGGAAGAUGAACACAACUGUAACAAUUAAUCGUCCAGCUAAAUUAAAUCUAGAUCAUUCUAAACGCCUAGAUACCAGGGCAGUCCCUAUUCAUGUCAAUCCUAUCCAUACAGAGGUUACAAGCGGCAAGCAGAAUGUUACUAGGAAAGAUGUCAGUAUUGUUCCAAAGCAAAAAGGUAUUGAUGGCCAGGCCUUUAAGCUACUGACACUACCAGUGUCACUUCCCACUGAAUUCAGUGAGCCAGCCACAGAAAGAUAUCAGCCAUUGACACUAAAGAAAAUACCAUAUCAGUUUCUUCAAAACAAAUAUUUGCCAGAAAGCAAGAAACUUGUAACAAAAACAAGUGAACAUAAGUCAGAAGAUGCUGGUAGUCAUAUGAAGAGAACAAAGAUGUUGAAGUUUAAGAAGGAACCUCCAAGCAAUAUGUUUAAAGAGCAAAUGACUUUAUUAGCUGUGCCUACUUAUACCCCAUGUCAGAAAUCUGCUCAAGAGAAGUCCCUGAAACUUUUGGACCCACAACAAGUUUUCACAUUUGCAGACAGAAAUGUGAAGAAAGAAAAGCUUGCAAAGUUCAAGGUAAUUCAAAAUAAAAAUUCAGUAGAAAAGCCCGAAAUAAGUAAAGGAAUUAAAGUUAAAAGCUUUGGUUUUCUAGAUCCACAUGCUGGAAGCAACAUAGAAGUGACUAAUGACACACAUAAUGAAAUGAACAAAGAAAAGGGCAAUGUAACCAGUGAUAAUAAAGCUUUGAAUGGGAAAGUAUCAGAGUCUCCUGCCAGCUGUGAACCAGAGAAGCCUAAGCUUUUAAAAGUUAACCAAGAGUAUGGGAUGAAACAGGAUGCCAUGCUUCACUUUCCUGCAACACAGAGAGUGGAUAAAGCAUGCCAGCACAUUACCCCUCAGCCAGUUGUAAACAGUAUAGAAACUCAAACUGUAGACAAUUCACAAAAUGUUAAAGUUGAUAUCACAAGGGAUACAGCCCUAUUAUCAUGUAGGGAUACUGAACAGACUAUAAGAAAAAAAUUCAGUCAUGCAGAGAUUAAUGAGAAGAUUGGGACUACAGGGACAGUUGAUAAUCAGGAAAAGAGGGAUGUUAACAUACUUCCACAAGAAAGCAAUAAAAGCAUUUCUAGAACCAGUUUUCUUCAGAAUAGGUCAGAUGAAGUUGCCACAUUACUAGAAGUUGAUCAUCAAAAUGAGGUCAGUAAAAAUUAUAGCCAAACCUCAGCAAAACAGAAUCAGGAAGAAAUAGCUCCUGUAGAAACAAGGCCACAGAAGGAUGCAGUAAUUGGAGUGAAGGAUUCUGACCUAGAAACGAAGCCAACAGAAAUUCCCUGCCCGGUAGCAAGCUGCGGAAAGAAUAUGCAAACUCAGACAGACCAUGCUGUAGCAAUGACACUUCAGCAGACGGAUGGUUACUGUGUGCCACCUCUGGUACCUCCCCCUGCUUCACCCCCUUCAUACUCUCCAGUGCCCCCACCAGCAGCACCUCCAGGAAAGCCUAGCCAGAUGGCACUCUCACUCAACCCAACACUCUUAGAUGUGGAUAGGGCCAGUCUUCAGCAAAGCAGUAAAGAUCUAUCCAGUGUGCUGACACAAGUUGAUAUUCCCCGUGAAAUUGUGCAGGGUCAUUUGGAUGCAAUGGGAGAUAAACUCAAUGAAACCAUCUAUGGCGAGGACUUAGAUAAGAUUGACAAGUCAGUGGCUGAAAGGGAUAUAGAAGUAAAAAGGGAAAUCAGAGAUAACAGACCGUUAAAUGAAGUAAGAAUAUCAGAUUCCCAAAGUCAUGGGAGUAACUUCCAAAGAUGGUUUGAAGACAAUGUUGAUGAUGCUCAGGUUGAAAGGUCCAAAUCACAUUGUGAAGGGACCUCUGAUGCUUCAUAUAGAGAAAGAGAAAUUUCAAAGACUAAAGCUAGACCAGAUAGCAUAUUAAAAAAGCCAAUUGAUUUUAUCCAAGAAAGAAAUUUGGAGUCUCCAUUACAAGAAAACAGAACUAUUCAUAAGUGUGAACAGAAAGAACCAGAAGUUCAUGUACCAUAUGAAGACAAAUUGCAGGCUGUGUUAGGCUCAAGAAAGGAAGAGAUGACAAUGAAUGAUCUUGUGGAAGCUUUCUCCGAAGGAAAGAUAACCUUUGAGGAAAUGUGUAAAUUUAGUACAGGGGCAGUCAAGGAAGACAAUACUCAAGAAGGGAGUAUGUCAGAAAAAGAAGAUCCCAUGAUGACCAUCCAGGCCUUAGAAAGAGAAGCAGAAGAAGCAGUGAAAGGACUUCAUGAAUCAAGACAAUUCAUAUCUAAGAUCAGCUCAUUAGUGCAAGUGGCAGGGGAAUUGGAGAGCCAGAGACAGCAGACAUAUUCAGGUAGUGGUGCUAAGAAGGCAUCAGAGGCUAUCCAGAUGGGUGUUCCUAGUAUGUCUGGAGAAUCCCCAAGAAGUAAAAAUCAUGAAUGGCAAACUACAAAGUCAUUGUUCCUAAAAACUGGCAAAAGUGACAUACUAUUAAAGUAUAUAGAAGAUAUGCAACCAAAUGAUUUGAGAUUUGAAGUUAUAGAUGAUAUAAUGAAGUAUGUAGGGCUUGAGGAAGGACUUCAUACAGAACCUACUUCCAAUACUUCUCAGCCCCUCUGUGAGACCUACACCGUAAAUGACACACAAUUCAGCCUUUUGCAAUCCAAUGCAGUUAGUUCAUUUCCCAGAAGAGACAUCAAUAGCCAGUGCUCUAAUGUAGCUGGUAUCAGCUUUGCCAGCCAACAGUCACUGAAGAGCUCACCUGUGCUGCAUCUUGAUCUCACUAGUCUCAGAUCUGACUCCAGUAAUGAUUAUCACAACUUGCCACAACAUAGUGAUAAGAAACCAAGUUCUCCAGCAUUAACCCGUGAAACUGAAGUUCGUGAGAAACGUGAAAGCAUCAGAAGAUGGAUGAGGGAGCAGCGGAAGAAGAGGCUGGCCCAAGCCCAGUCCACUCAGAAUGCUAACAUGCUUUCAAAGAAUCCAGCAAAAAGAGCUACAAGUUUUAUGAAUGGUACAUUGACCAGUAGGCAACUUCGUGAGCGUAGCAGAGAAAGAGAGGAAAAGCAAGCACAGCUAAGAGAAAAGUUUCAGAGGAAACGGGAGGAAGAAGUAGAGAAACUUUUGAAAGACCAUGAGGAAGAAUUGUCAACACACAGAGCUCUAAUUGAAGAAAGGAGAUGCAGCUCUGAGAGCAGGAUUGUGACCAAGACCACUCAACAUAAUGACAGUAAACCUAAGAGGGUUUCUGACCUGUUGCAGGGUAGCAGCUCACUAUUGAAUGCCAGUCCACUGCCUAAAAAAAAUGCAGAGUUGACUGUCAAAGGCAGCUCACCUUUACACAGAGGGAAACUGAACAUUAAUAACAUCUCUAAGCAUAGCAGGAGAGUAUCAAGUGCUCAUGACAAGAGUUUCAGAUCAAACUCCACUUUAGAAAAUGAUAGGAAGAUACAGGAAGAGAUCACCCAUCUAGAAAAGUGUAUGAGAUCAUCAAGGAAGUCAAGAAUGGCCCCAGGAUACUCAAGUUGGUCCACCAACAGAGAUGAAAUGCCUUCUUUUGAAGGGAGAUUUCAUUAUGACCAACCAGAUGAAGAUCAGAAGAAAAUGAAAAGUAAAAAGGUAAAGAGUAGUCAUAUAUUAGACAAUACCAGAAAUGAUAUAUUGAUGAAAAAUAACAAUGUAAGUUCUGAAAAGCACUUACAAAGAAAUGAAAGCUUUUCACUACCCUUGGACCGUAUAUCAGAGGUAGACUCCUCUUCACAAAGUUGCACUUUAAAUAAUGUAGAGCAGUCACCCAAUGGGGAAGAUACAAGUGGAGAAAUUUCUUGGAAUGUUCCUGAUGAAAUCAAAAUGUUGCUUUAUAAAUGAUAAACUGUUGUGUUCUUUUAUAUAUCUGUUGUAACAAAUGUCAUGUACCUGAAAAAAAUAUUUAUUUAACCGAGCAUACAAAUCUUGUACAUAUUAUUUGAAAUAAUAAA